AUGGCAAACACCACGCCCUCGCUCAUGGAGCGGGUUCUGUACCCAAUGAAGGCACCCUCGCGGCGUCGCGAUCCCGCGUACCCCAUGCAGGUCCUCUGCCUGGGCCUCUCGCGCAGCGGCACCGACUCGCUGCGCAACGCCCUGACAAUCCUGGGCUACCGCGACGUCUACCACGGGUUCGUCAUCACCGCCCGGCAGCGCUCAGACUGCGCGUUUUGGGUGCCGCUGAUGCGGCGCAAGCUGGGCGGCGGCAGUAGCUCGGACGACGUGCAGCCGCUGCCCGACUUCGACUCGGUGCUGGGCCGCGCCACGGCCGUGACGGACGGGCCGGCCAACGUCUUUGGCGAGGAGCUGAUGCGGUACUACCCAGACGCGCGGGUGGUGCUGAACCGGCGGCGCGACGCGGACGCGUGGUCCGCGAGCAUGGAGCGGACGUGCCUGCAGGUGUUUGGCUGGCCGAUGUGGACGCUGAGCUGGUUCGACGCGGGGAUAUGCUGGCUGUGGUGGAACUUUGACCUCGUCAUGCGCGGGUACUACGGCGGCGACUUUGCGAGGAACGGGAGGAGGGUGGCGGAGCGGCACUAUGCGAGCCUGGAGGAGAGUUUGCAAAGGCAGGACCGGGACUUUCUGGACUGGAGCGUGGAAGACGGCUGGGAACCGUUGUGCGAGUUUCUGGGCAAACCAGUACCGAGUGUCCCGUUUCCGUCCGGGAAUAAAGGAAGCGGGGAGUUUCAAGACAACAUGGAAGAGGCGACCAAGGAUCUUGUCAUGAAUGCUCUUCUGAAUAUGAGCAUCUGCGUUGGUGGCUUGGUGGUGGCUGGUGGAUUAGCGGUUUGGAGCAUGAGACGUUAG